AUGGCCGGCUCUCUCCGCGCGCUACUGCUGCUGCGGCUGCUGUACCUUUGCCUCAGUUGGAGUCUGGUGGCGCCCGGAGAGCCGGCGCGGGAGCGCUUGGGCGGCGGACUAGGGAAGAUUGGCCCCGGGACGAGUGGCGGCGGCGGCGGCGGCGUUGGUGGCCGCAGCCCGGAGGCGGCCGGUGAGCCAGCUCAGCACCGCCGGCUGGGCUCGGCCGGGGACCAGGUCUCGGAACACAUGCUCCGGCUCUACGACAGGUACAGCGGCUCCCGCGGGCGGCCGGAGGACUCGGCGCCCGGCGCUCCCCAGCUGCUUCACCUCCGGGAGGGCAACACCGUGCGGAGCUUCCGAGCGAUGCCGGCAGGGAUCCCUGGCAGCAAAGAAGUCCACGUUUUUAACCUGACCUCUCUCACCAAGUCUGAAAACAUCUUGUCAGCUCUGUUGCACUACUACAUUGGGGAUCUCUGGAACAGUAGCGCAAAUUGUCCUAGACUCAAAGGCUGCUCUCGUCAUGGGCCCAGGAAGCCCGGCAUGCAGAUAAACCUCUCACUUUUGAGUUUUCCUUCACCAGGGAACCAAACUCGGACCCUGGGACAUUACUUAAUCAACAUCUCUACUACCUAUCGGGAUAUCCUUCCUUGGCAGUGGAAGAACAUUACUCAUGUCUUGAGUAAGGCAAAGCAGAAUGACGACCUGAUUAUAGGCAUCAAAAUGGCCUCCGUGGGCCAACAGCCUUGGCAGAACAUGCCUCCCAGGUAUGAACCGUACAUCCUCGUUUAUGCAAACGACUCUGCCAUUUCAGAGCCGGAGAGUGUGGUUUCUAGUUUGCAAGGGCACCGGAAUCCCCUGCCAGGGGGGUUCCCAAAGGUAGACAGCCAUUCAAAGGACAGCCUGGGUGAACGGCGGCAAAAACGCUCCACCAGUGUUCUGUUGCCUUUGCAGAAUAAUGAGCUUCCGGGUGCUGAGUAUCAGUACAACGAGGAUGAAGGCUGGGAGGAAAGGAAGCACUACAAAACCCUCCAGCCACGCCUGGCAGAGAGGGCAAAGAACAAGAAGAAGCAGAGGAAAAACAACCAUCAGAAAAGCCAGACGCUCCAGUUCGAUGAGCAGACCCUGAAGAAGGCAAGAAGGAAGCAAUGGAACGAACCACGGUACUGCGCACGGCGAUACCUCAAAGUGGAUUUUGCAGAUAUCGGCUGGAGCGAAUGGAUUAUUUCCCCUAAAUCUUUUGAUGCCUAUUAUUGCUCAGGUGAAUGCCAGUUCCCCAUUCCAAAGGCCUUGAAGCCAUCAAACCACGCCACUAUCCAGAGUAUAGUUAGAGCUGUGGGAGUUGUCUCUGGAAUUCCUGAACCUUGCUGCGUCCCAGACAAGAUGUCAUCCCUUAGUAUCUUAUUCUUUGAUGAAAAUAAGAACGUGGUACUCAAAGUCUACCCAAACAUGACAGUGGAAUCCUGUGCAUGCAGAUAACACCUCCUCCUGAAAAGCCUUAUCUAAAUGCCUUCCCUCUGCAUUGACUUCGUUGCUUAACUAUUCCUUCUCCAAACCCCAUUUUGCACUGCCAAUGCAUUUCAUUCUCCAAAGAUUUAUAAACAAGUAUGAAUGAAUGGAAGAGCAGGAGCCAAGAUGGAACAGAACAUUGCAUUUCAGGAUGCAGAAGGACCUGACUGCAAUUUUCUUACUAUGAGGAUAUGAUGGCAACAUCUUAACACUGAGCACCAGUUAUAAAUUCAUUGUGUUGCAAACGAUGUAUGGAAAAAUAAUGAAAUCUGCAAAGAACUUGUCAUGAGGAGUUCAAGAUUGGCAGGAGGACCUUUUGGUAUGCUUUUUUUUGUAACAAAGCUUUGAAAAUAAUCCACCAAAACUGCUGACUUUCUGGUCCAUUCUUCCAGAGACUAAUGGUGAAGGAGACUGAAGAAAUACGUUACACAUUUGAAGCUAAGCUUUCUGCCUUCGGUUACCGGAAAACUCCCCGAAGUUCUGAAUAACCUAAUCAGUUCUGACUUAUCCUUCGAGCCUAAGAAAAUCCAAUUUAAGACAUUUAUUUUCUUGACAUGGCAUGUCGCAUUGCUCUGCAUGUGGGUGUAUCUCGACACAAACAAGGGCUUUAUUUUAUAGAAUAAUAGGAACCUUGAACUUGCAAGCAAAAAUUUACUUCUGUUUGCACAUCUACUAGCACAUCUACUGCAGAUCACUUUGGGAGAGUGGUGGAGUGGAAGAGGAGGCAAAAGGAAGGGUAUUUCCUGGACUGUUGGGUGUUUACUGUAGCCAGUUGCUGUAGUAGCCCCCUUUAGCAAGGGGAACCCCUUGUGCUGGUAGUAAACCCUCUCAGGCCUAGAUUAAACAUGACACUGUGGGUGGGUGGGUGUUAUUUUUGGUCCCACAUGCAUAUAAACUGGAUAACUGGUACCUGCACAUGCAGUAUUAGCACCCCAGUGCCAUGAACUCCCGGGCAAAGAAUUCCUGGCAUGUCACUCUUGCAUGGACAGGUACUGGUAACCUGUAAGCAUAUGAACAGGAGAGCUGGUCCUGUAGUACUGAGCAUGAAUUUGCCAAGCAAGGUCUGCUUUGGUUUGCAUUGGAUGGGUGACUACAUGGGAGCACUAUUAAGAUAUCCCUCUUGGGGAUGUGGCCAUAGCAUCUGCUUUGUAUGCAGAAGGUCCCAGGUUCACUCCCUGGCAUCUCCAGGUAGGGCUGUGGGGGACUCCUGCCUGAAACUUUAAAGAGCUGCUGCCAGUCAGUGUAGACAAUACUGAACUGGAUGGAUCAAUGGUCUGACUCAAUAUAAGGAAGCUUCCUGUGUUUUCAACAUGAUUCUGAGCAUGCCGAACCCCCCGUAGGUAAGAUAUUUCUUAACAUGUCCAGCGUCAUGUUUAAACCUCUGAUGAAGGGAUAUGGUAAAUCCCACCAAAUUAGCACUGGGACAAGGAAAGUUUGAGCUGAUAAAUCCCAAAGACCAGGCUGUUACAAGAUCAUAUGGUAGGAUUAAUUCAGUGUUUUGAGUAUAAUUUAUUAUUUUAUUUAUUACAUUAUAAAUAAAAUAAUUAUAGACCAAUUCCAGUUUGGAAGCAGCUCUUGAGAAGACAAGGCUCAGACUAGGGAAGGCAGCAAACCUUUGUUUUUGUGGAACUAACCAGAGAGAAGGCAACCUUGGACUUAAUCCUGAGUGGUGCCCAGGACCUGGUACAAGAUGUCAGAGUUGCAGAACAUUGGGAAACAGUGACCAUAAUGUGAUACAAUUCAGCUAUAUGUGAGUGGAGCACUGCCAAGGAAGUCCAACACAGACUUCAGAAGAGGACACUUCUCAAAAAUGAGGGGAUUGGUAACAAGGAAGCUGAAAGGGAAAGUCAGGAGGGUCAAAUCACUCUAGAAAGCAUGGAACUUAUUUAAAACCCUAAUAAUAGAUGCUCAGUUGGAAUGAAGGAGGAAAGGUACCAUCAAGUUCAGGAGGAUGCCAACAUGGCUAACAAGUAGUCAGGGAAGUUAUAACAGGGAAGAAGACUUCUUUCAGAAAAUGGAAGUCCUGCCCAAAUGAAGAGAAUAGAAAGGAACAUAAGCUCUGGCAAAAGAAAAGCGAGGUGAAAAGCAAGGGAUGCAGAAAGAGAGUUUGAGACGCAUAUAGCUUGAAGUGUCAAAGGGAAUAACAAAAACUUCUUUAAAUAUAUAAGAAGCAGAAAACUUGCCAGGGAGGUGGUUGGACAGAUGAUCAGGGUGUGAAAGGGAUUUUUAAGGAGAAUAAAGAGAUUGCAAAGAAGCUGAAUGAGUUCUUUGCCUGUGUCUUUACAGCAGAGGAUACUGACCAUAUACCCACUUCAGACCUGAGAUUCUCAGGCUUGGAGGCUGAACAACUGGAACAGUUUGAGGUGACAAGAGAGGAUCUUCUAAACUGUCUUGAAAAACUAAAAAUUAACAAAUUGCCAGGGCCAGAUGGCAUCCAUCUAAGAGUUCAAAUGUGAAAUUGCUGGUCUCCUAGCAGAAAUAUGUAACUUGUCCCUACAGUCAGGUUCUGUAGCAGAGGACUGGAAAGUAGCAGAUGUAACUCCAUUUUUGAAAAAGGAAUCUGGUGGGGUGGGGGCAUGUCCAGGAAACUUUAGGCCUGUGAGCUUAACUUCUUUGCCUGGUAAAUUGAUGGAAAGCAUACUUAAGGACAAAAUUGUUAAACACAUAGAAGAACGGGCCUUGCUGAAGGAGAACUGCAUGCCUUCUGCAAGGGCAAGUCUUGCCUCACUAACCUUUUGGAGUUCUAGUGUCAACUGGUAUGUGGAUAAAGGUGAUCCAGUUGAUACUUGGACUUCCAAAAAGCUUUUGACAAAAUUCACCACCAAAGGCUCUUGGCAGUCAUGGGAUAAGGGGACAGGUUCAACUGAAUUGCUGACUGCUUACAGGAAACAGAGGGCAGGAAUAAAUAUUCAGUUUUCACAAUGGAGGGAAGUAAGAAGUAUGGUCCCACAGGGAUCUGUAUUAGGACUGGUGCUCUUUAACUUAUUCAUAAAUGAUCUAGAAGUUGGAGUAAGCAGUGAAAUGGCCAAAUUGGCAGAUGACACUAAACUAUUUAGCUUAGUGAAAUCAUAAGAACAGCCCUGCUGGAUCAGGCCCAAGGAGGCCCAUCUAGUCCAGCAUCCUGUUUCACACAGUGGCCCACCAGGUGCCGCUGGAAGCCCACAGGCAGGAGUUGAGGGCAUGCCCUCUCUCCGGCUGUUACUUCCCUGCAACUAGUACUCAGAGGCAUCCUGCCUUUGAGGCUGGAGGUGGCCUAUAGCCCUCCAACUAGUAGCCGAUGAUAGACCUCUCCUCCAUGAAGUUAUCCAAACCCCUCUUAAAGCCAUCCAGGUUGUUGGCAAUCCAAAACAGAUUGUGAGGAGCUACAAAUGGAUCUCUCCAAACUGGGUGAAUGAGUGACAAAAUGGAAAAUGAGGUUCAGUGUAAGCAAGUGUAAAGUAAUGCAUACUGGGGCAAACCACCACCACCACCCCAUCUUCACAUAUACAUUGAUGGGGUCUGAGUUAUCAGUGACUGACCAGGACAGAGAUCUUUUCGUCAUGGUGGACAGAUAAUUGAAAAUGUCAACUCAGUACAUGGCAGCUGUGAAAAAGGCAAAUUCCAUGCUAGGGACCAUAGGAAGGGGAUUGAAAUUAAACAUUUCAAUAUUAUAAUGAAAUAAUUCUGAAAUCUAAUAUUAUAAUGCCCUUAUACAAAACUAUGGUGCGGCCACAUUUAGAGUAGUGUGUCCAGUUCUGGUCAUAAUACCUCAAAAAAGGACUUUAUAGAACUGGAGAAGAUGCAAAAGAGGGCAACCAAGAUGGUCAGGGGCCUGGAGAAUCUUCCGUAUGAGGAAAGACUACAGCAUCUGGGGUUUAUAUUUUGAAAAAGAGGCAACUAGGGAGACAAGAUAAAGGUGUAUAAAAUUACACAUGGAGUAGAGAGAGUGGACAGAGAGAAAUCUUUCUCCCUCUCUCACAACACUAGAAUCAGGCAUCAUCCCAUGAAACUGAAGGCCAGGAUAUUUAGAACAAAAGGAUGCACUUUUCCACACAGCACAUAAUUAAUCUAAGGAAUUCUCUGCCACAGGAUGUAGUGAUGGCCACUAGCUUGGAUGGCUUUAGAAAGGGCUUAGACAAAUUCAUGGAGGACAGAUCCUCCAUGAAUGGCUGCUAGUCCAAUGGCUAUAAAACUGAAGCUGAAUCCAGAUAAGAUGGAGGUACUUAUUGUGCGGGGUCAGAACUCUAGAGACGAUUUUGAUCUGCCUGUUCUAGAUGGGGUCACACUUCCCCACAAGGAACAGGUUCGCAGUACUUCUGGAUUCACAUCUCUCCCUGGUUUCUCAGGUUGAGGCGGUGGCCAGGGGUGCUUUUUAUCAGCUCCGGCUGAUACGCCAGCUGCGCUCGUUUCUCGAGAUCAAUGACCUCAAAACUGUGGUACAUCUGUUGGUAACCUCCAGACUUGACUUUUGUAAUGCAAUCUACAUGGGGCUACCUUUGUACGUAGUCCGGAAACUUCAGUUGGUUCGGAACGCAGCAGCCAGGUUCGUCUCUGGGUCAUCUCAGAGAACAUGGUACUCCUUUACUGAUGGAGUUACACUGGCUGUCAAUAGGUUUCCGGACAAAAUACAAAGUGCUAGUUAUAACUUACAAAGCCCUAAAUGGCUUAGGCCUUGGGUAUCUAAGAGAGCGUCUUCUUCAUUAUGAGCCCCACCGCCCAUUGAGGUCAUCUGAAGAGGUCCGUCUCCAGUUACCGCUAACUCGUUUGGUGGCUACACAGAGACGAGCCUUCUCGGUCGCUGCCUCAAAAUUGUGGAAUGCGCUCCCUGCUGAGAUACAAUCCUCCCCAUCUCUGGCAAUUUUCAAAAGACACUUGAUAACCCAUCUUUUCACCCAAGCUUUCUCACUUCCUACAUUUUGGGGGUUUUAAUAUCUGGUCUAUUUUAAAAUUCAAAACCCGAUUUCGGGGGUUUUAAUCACUGUAAUUGUUUAAUUGUUGUUUUAAAAUAUUUUAAAAUUGUUAAUUGUUAUAUUGUUUUUUAAUUUGUUUUAGGUCUUUAUUGUUUUAGUGGUUUGUUUUAAUUGUAAACCGCCCUGAGCCAUUUUGGAAGGACGGUAUACAAAUCAAAUAAAAUAAAUAAAUAAAAAUAAAGGCCACCUCCUGCCUCAGAGGCAAAAUGUCUCUGAAUACCAGUUCCAGAGGAGCAACAGCAGAAGAGAGGGUAUGCCCUCAGCUCUUGCCUGUGGGCUUCUCAGAGUUAUCUGGUGGGCCACUAUGUAAAACAGGAUACUGGACUAGAUAGGCAUUGGACCUGAUCCAGCAGGGCUGUUCUUAAAGCCCCGUCUCCUUAAGCAGAUUCUAGAAAAUUGAGAUAAUUUGCAUAUUGAACAGAAGCAGGAUUUACUCUUGGCUGCAAUGAAAUCCAGCAUCUUGGACUUUUGAGCAAUAGAGGGUACUUCAGAUGGAGUUUUAUUCUAAAUGCCUUGUUAGCAGGGAAUUUAUGGGUUUCUUCUCUUGGUAAUCUCCUUGCCUGACUCUUGAUCAAGUUGUCCCUGCACUGGUGGUGUGUUUGUAUGAUUAAAUCGAUGGAAAAUUCUGUGAGGUUAGGUGCCUUGAAGCAUUACCUGUACUUAGAACUGCAUAAGUAUGCUGUACAUAGGCACUUUACUGCCUUUUUGUGCUAUGAAAUGGUUUUUUUAAAACUCAGUUAAGUCAAGGAUUACUGAGAGGUUGAGUCAUUAGUACACAACCAAGAGAAUAUUGCCUGCAGUUAGAUAUCAUGCCUAGGUGAUUGGUCCAACAGACUAUGUUACCAAAGGUCUAGAACUGCUUGGCCUCCCACCUCAUGGCUGGUUUCAGAUGAAAAUGGGGAACUACCUCCAAUAGGCAGAGGGACUUGGUGCUGAAUAUACUGCCUCCUAAUGUGCUGCAGAGCUUCGAAAAUAGGUGCCCUUUGACGCAGCAGGGUUUGGGACAGGCUUUGACUUAGAAUAACUAAUGCAUCUCACAGAAGAUACUGAAGUGCCUUCCAGUGUCUUACAAUAAUGCACUGGGCUUUUUUGCAUUCCAGCAAAAUUCUGGUGCUGGGAAUGGGGUUCGAAGCUCUAUUUCCAGCUCACGAGAGAUCUGUUGCAGCUUCAAAGGAUCCAAUCAUCUCUUUCUGAGGAGCUAAUGCAUUCAUUAUUAAGCUAUCUCCUUCUUCAUGUAAAAAAGAAAUGAAAACAAGACUUUGUACAUUUUUUAUUUUUUUUGCUUAGGAAUUAAUGCUUGUACAGUCAGCAUCAGUAAAGUUAAAAAAAAAAGCCAAAGGAUAUUUGUAUAUGGAAAGAAGCUUUUAUUAAUGCCUUUAAUUUAUUUUAUGUCUGUUGCCUUCCUAUGUAUUAAUUAACUCCCCCCCCCUUUUAAUACUCUUACAAACACGCUGCUUUUUAUAUUAAUUUUACAAGAUUAUAUAUUAGAGGAUCUGCAUGCCUUCAGAACCAAAUGUGCAUAUCACAGACACACUGGGAAGGAUAUUUUUCACUACUGAUGUAUAAGCUUGCCUGACUUGUAUUUGUUUCUCUCCCUCAAUAAUAAGUUUUCUUCCCCACUGCAAACUACUAUGUACAAGUUUAUGUUUUUUUAAAAAAAACUUUUUAUGUGAA